CGGGGCGCUGAGGCGAGGGGGAGCCGAGAGGAGGAGGAGGAGGAGGCGAGACGCCGCUCCGCCCGCCAUGGAGGACGAGCUUUACCUGGAGAACAUCGACGAGUUCGUCACGGACCAGAACCGAGUCGUGACAUACAAAUGGCUGAGCUAUACGCUCGGUGUUCACGUCAACCAGGCUAAGCAGAUGCUGUACGAUUAUGUGGAGAGAAAGCGAAAGGAGAAUUCGGGAGCCCAGCUGCACGUCGUCUACUUGGUGGCAGGAAACGUCGUUCAGAAUGGGCACACAUGCCACAAGGUUGCAGUAGUGAAAGAAGACCGGCUCGAAGCGAUGAAGGCGAAGCUGUCCAGCAUUGCCAGCGUGCACGUCUACAGUAUCCAGAAAGCCAUGCUGAAAGACAGCAGUCCACUGUACAACACUGACUAUGACAUCAUCAAGGCGAACCUGCAGAACUGCAGCAAGUUCAGCGCAAUCCACUGUGCCGCUGCAGUGGCCCGGACAGCAGCCGAAAUGUCUCAGACCGAGACUCCUGCGCUGGUGGAUUCCCAGCCAGCAUGUGGCGCAAACGCCGGCGUGGCUCCGGUGGCCAAUGGCCACGCCCCAAGCGCUGCCCCAAAACAGACCUCCCAGCAGGCCAAGGGCAUUAUGGGAAUGUUCGCCACGAAACCUGUUGCCAAAACCCAAGAAGCACACAGAGAACCCAAAACUGUGGCUAAAGAGACACAAAGUACCUCAACUGCAAGCAGCAAGCCAGUCGCAAAAGGGAACCUGCUGAACAACUUCUUCGGGAAAGCCGCGAUGAAUAAGGACUGCGCAGCCAACCCAGAGCCCGAAGGGCAGAAGGAGGAAAAAGGGGCCGCGAAGCCCCCCGUUUCACCCGUGGAACCGAAAUCACCUCCUGAGAUAGCAGGGCCCAAGAAGCCGGGCAAAAAGACCGAGGCUGCCAAAGUCAAGCAGGACAAGAAAAGAACAAAGAGGGCAGAGAUGUCGGAUGAUGAGAGAGAGGCGGAAGGCCUGAAGAGGAAGAGGCGUCGGAUCAAGCGUCCCCAUUCUGACAGCAGCGACGACGAGGAUGUUCCAGCAUCAUCCAUAACCCCGGAAUCGAAAGAACCUUCUCCCGAGCCCGUCCCGAAGGUAGAGCCGGACCCUGUGCCUGUGGAGGCUUCCGCCGGAGGGAAGAAGCGGAAACGGAAGCGAGUGCUGAAGUCCAAAACUUUCGUCGACGAGGAAGGCUGCAUAGUGACUGAAAAGGUCUACGAGAGCGAGUCGUGCACAGACAGCGACGAGGACUUCCGGUCCAAGCCCGCCGCGGCCCACAAGCCCCCCGCCAGGACUGCCAAGAAAGAGCCCAAAGAGGACAAGAAAGGCCCCAAGAAGGGGGCGGCUGCGGCAGGCAAGACCAACAAGCAGGCGUCCAUCAUGGGCUUUUUCCAGAAGAAGUGAGCCGCAGCUGCCCAAAGGGGCAGCUGCAGCGUCCAUCGCCACCUUUUGUGGCAGCGCUUGAGUUCCGGACCUUUACCCACCUGUGGACAGCAGACCGCACCGAAAGCGGCGACUGGAGGCGACCGGAGGAUUUCAGUUUUGAAUCUGUAGCUUUACUACAUGACCACCUUUCUUUUUAAAAGACUUUCUUUUAAAGGCUAGCCGGGAGUCUAGGCCGGCGCCCCAGAACGGAUCGUCUUCUCCCAUCGGUUCGUCGCUACCCUUUCCUUCCCCCUUUCUUUUUCUCUUCUCGGAAUUGCUCAUCCCAUGACUCUGGAGGACCUGAGGGCUGUUUCGUGGCUGAUACCGAGGUUCAGAGCUGCCAAGCUGAGUGAAGAGAGAUGGCCACACGGGGGCAGGAAGUUCCAAACGGCGCUUCCUAGAAGGGUCGCCGACCUCACGACCCCUUUAGGAGGAGAGCUUUUCGGGUCUCUGAAAGACCCGGUUCAAGGCUGGGCGUUGUGAUUUCGCAGUCAAACAUGCCUCCCUUUAAAGAAAGAAGCUUGCGUGUGUGCCUAAGCACGAUUGGGAGAAACCGCCAAUCAGCUUUGCCUUAAUUUUUCUGCUGGAUCAAACCGGGUCGGGCGUACACGGUAACCGUCCGCUCCAGCACCCGUCAGGUCCAGGUGCCGCCGUUUCCAGGUGAAGGAAACAAACGGAGCAUCUUAGGUCUUCCUGCCCCUGGCGCCGUGAACGCCGUGGGCGGAACGCCAUCUUUUACAAGCAACGUUUCAAAGGAUUAGGGACUCCCAAACCCACUAGAGUCCGCAUCCGCUAGGUGCCGGGCUAGAAGCAUUGACAUCAGUUGUCUGUAAGGAGGAGCACCAGAGCAACCAUCAUCCUGUGAAGGUUGGCGCCGAGACAAGCCGCCUCGGUCCUGCACGACCGCGGUGAGUUUGAUGGGGUUGAAAAGAUCCCUCCUCUCCCGUGUGCAGCACCAGGACAGAACACCAGGGACUAAGUAGGAGGACUUGGUUUGAACACCUUCCCGCUUCCCUGCCGCCUCUGUCCGUCCUCCGAGGUGGGAAUGGGGUGGUCGAGGCUAUUCAGUGGUGUCCAAGAACCUAGCAUCUACCUGGCGGAGAUCACCUAGAGUUGCUGAUGACGUCUCAGUCCCAUGUGGAUGGCUACAAGGGAGAAGGGGGGAGCUGGGCUUCGGUGUUCAGAUCCCCAAAGCGGAGACAUAUAUAUUUUAUUCUAAGGCUUGGGACUGCCCGCGUCAGUCAUUCAGUCUCGCUUCUCAAAUCGAGCAGAAUCCGUCGAAUCGCAUUCCAGACGCUGCCCAAAAUUGACAUCCGUUUGCCCUUUAAACUCUGAGUUCCCCCCCAGACCGGGUGUGUCCUAAUAAGCAGCCCAACAGGAAAGAGGAUUUGAGAUCGUUUGCCUAUAGAGUUCCCUGUCACAGCCGAGGCAGCGGAGGACGUCUUUGCGUCCUCAGGGUUGUGGUUUGUGUUUUUAAAAUCUCUGUUUUGUUUGUACGAGGGGGGGGUGAGGGGCCUCUAGGUUGAGAGGGUGGGAAACGCUGGUCUGGCUUUUCCUAAGUAUUCUGCCUCCUCCUAAAAAUCAAAAUGAA